ACGCAUAUUUAUUUCCGCGUUUUGAAAAUAAGCUCUGCAACCCGUUCCUUGUCAUUCAUUGGUCGGUGAGAAGGAAAUAGUCGGAUGUAACAAUGUUUACUCAACUGGCCCGACAGAAAAACGUGCGGAACUGAUGUCUCGGACUAUCCUCAUGUAUCCGUGAGGAUGCUCUGUGGAGAAAACCACAUCGUCUGUGGACACCUCUAAUCCUUGUUCAGCUGAGGACCGAGAGACUGGAGACAAUUACUAAGUGGAUAUAAAACUUCUGACCAAGACCGCAGAGAAACAGAAAAUACAGGUUGGCUGGCUGAAACCUUACUAGAACAUGUAAGGGUUGUAAACAAGGAUUGUGGAAAGAAGGAUGUCUGACAUGAUGAAAGUUGAAGCAGAAGACCACAGACGGCUUAGUUUAACUGUAGCAUCCACAUCAGUGCUGAAGCAGACAAAAGACAGUAAGUCCAUGUUCCCAGUUCAUCAGAUGUUUGUGAUUAAAGAAGAGGUUCCCCAUGACUGGGGGCCCAGUUUGAACCAGCAGGAUCAAAACUCUCCUUUCAUAAAGGGGGAAGAGGAGGACUUGUGGAUCAGCCAGGAGGAAGAGGAGCCUGCUGUAAAGGUUAAAUAUGAUGAGAAACCUCAGUUAUCAGAGAUUCAUCAAAUCAAAACUGAAGACAACAGAGAGACAGAAGCUCCAACCAGAAACUCACCUGAACAGAUGGAAAGAGAACCUGAUGAUGAGGACUGUGGAGAACCAGAACGAACGAAAAACCCAGAUACACACUGUUCCCAACAAAGUAAGAUGAUGUCUAAGCUGUAUUCAACACUUGCAUCUCAGAUUGGAGAAAAGCCAUUUGUCUGCAAUCUUUGUGGCAAAAGUUUCAAACAUAAGACCUCGGCUAAGUUACACAUCAUGACUCACAAUGGAAUAAAAGAACAUAGCUGUGAUCUUUGCGGUAAAGGAUUUAAAGAAAAAUGUUCUCUUCAGACACACAUGAAUUUCCACACUGGAGAGAGACCAUUUGCCUGCGAUGAUUGUUGUAAAAGGUUUCAUACAAGGAAACAUCUUAAAGCUCACAUGAAGCUCCAUUCUGAAGAAAAACCUUUUGCCUGUGAUGUUUGUGAUACAAGAUUUAAGGUAAAGGAAACCCUUAAAAAACACAUUAGGAGCCACACAUCAGAGAAACCAUUUGUUUGUAGUAUUUGUAGUAAAGGAUUUUCUCAACAAGAUCAUCUAAAGAGACACAUGUGUGUUCACACAGGAGAGAAACCAUUUAUUUGUAGCGUUUGCAGUAAAGGAUUUUCACAACAAGUCAAUCUAAAAAGUCACAUGUGUGUUCACACAACAGAAAAGCCGUUUAUUUGUACAGUUUGUGAUAAAGGAUUCUCACAAAAAGAGAGUCUAAAGAGCCACAUGCAUGUUCAUACAGGACAGAAUCCGUUUAUUUGUAGUGUUUGUGGUAAAGGAUUUUCACGACAACGGAAUCUAAAGAGUCACCUGCGUGUUCACACAGGAGAGAAACCAUUUGUUUGUGGUGUUUGUAAUAAAGGAUUUGCAGUUCAAAAGAAUGUAGAAAGACACAUGCGUGUUCACACAGGAGAGAAACCAUUUGUUUGUAGUGUUUGCAGUAAAGGAUUUUCAUUACAAGGGAAUCUAAAAAGACACAUGCAAGUUCACACAGGAGAGAAACCAUUUAUUUGUUGUGUUUGCAGUAAAGGAUUUCCACAAAAAGACACGCUGAAGAGUCACAUGCGUGUUCACACUGGAGAAAAACCGUUUAUUUGUAGUGUUUGUGGUAAAGGAUUUUCAUUGCAAAAGAAUUUAGUGAGACACAUGUGUGUUCACACGGGAAAGAAACCAUUCAUCUGUAAUGUUUGUAGCGCAGGGUUUUCACUACAAAUUAAUUUAAAAAGUCAUAUGCAUGUUCAUAAAUGAGAGAGACGUUAGUGUGAUGUUUCUAGUCAAGGAUUUCACAACCUGGAGCUCUGAUUAAAGGUUUCAAACUAAGAGAA